AUGCCCGCGUGGUAUAAUCCACAAGCUGUCUGUGCUUAUCAUUCUGGGGCCCCCGGACAUGCCACCUUUGAUUGCAAAGCGCUUAAGCAUAAAAUCCAAGAUAUGGUUGAAGCCGGGGAGAUUGUAAUCCGGAAAAGGGAGGCGCAAGGGCCGAACGUAAAUAGGAACCCUUUACCGGAACAUGCCAAUACCAUUGGGGUUAUUCUGGAUGAUACGGAGUAUGUGGAACCAGUCAAAGAAUUGGCAAGGGAAGCUGAAGUGUUUGGGGUCACAGACCAACCUUUUGUCAUAGAACUGCCAUUUGAAGAGGACGAGAAACCCUUUAUCUUGGAUCUCACGCCAGCUGAGAGUGAGUCUUUGGAGCCGGUGGUUAUUGAAUUCCCGAAGCAGGAGCCUGUCCUGAGCCUGCAACAAGUACCAUGGAAUUAUGAUGAACCUGACGUGCAGAUUGGGGAAAGGUCAAUUGCAAAGAAGGAAGUAUCAGUGGUCACAAGAUCGGGGAAAAUUGCAAGCCCGUUUGAAGCAACCAUUCCGAUUCAAGCAAAUAACUCUGAGCCACCCGCCAAACCAACAAUUACCGAGAGAGAAGCCUUAGAUUUCCUUAAAAGGCUCCAAAGAAGUGAAUACAAUGUGAUCGAGAAGCUUAGCAAGUCGCCCGCUCAAAUAUCCAUGUUGGAUCUACUUUUUUCAUCAGAUGUGCAUAGGGAUGCAUUGCUCGAAGUACUGACUAAAGCUCAAAUUCCUAGAGACAUUUCAGUUGAUAAUUUCUCACACGUAGUUGGGAAUGUACUCUUCACCAAGCAAAUUACUUUUUCCGACGAGGAAUUGCCGUCGGAAGGCAUUGGACAUAACAAGGCCCUGUACAUAGUUGUGAGGUGCAACGGAAAAAUGCUGCCGAAGGUAUUAAUUGACAAUGGAUCUGCUCUUAAUAUAUGUCCCUGGAGCACCUUGGAAAAGCUAGGAUUGCAAGACGUCAAGUUGAGGCCUUCAGGGACCAUAAUCCGAGGUUUUGAUGGAGCGCAAAGAGAGCCAAUAGGAGAAAUUGAUUUAGUAGUUGAAAUGGGGCCCGCCCAGUUUCAAAUAACCUGCCAAGUCAUGCAUUUUUCUAGUGUUUACAACGUUUUGCUUGGCAGGCCAUGGAUUCACAAGUCUGGGGCUGUGCCUUCUUCAUUGCAUCAAUUGCUAAAGUUUGUAGUGAAUGACAAGCUGAUCACUAUAUUUGCCGAAGAGGAUUGCCUUGUAAUCACUGAUUCUGGGACAAAAGAGGAUGGAAGCCGCAAUGUCACCAUGACUCCCCAUAGCACGGCUGAUAUCGUCUCUGUAAGUUGGAUCACAAACGAGGAGCAAGUUCUACCAAAGGCCAGUGUUAUGAUGGCUAAGGAAAUGAUCCGAGGAGGUUAUGAAUUUGACAAGGGACUAGGACGAAAUCUGCAAGGAGUUUUGAAGCCAGUGGAGAUUAUGGAGAAGAAAGAUUCAUUUGGCUUAGGGUUCCGACCAACUGCUAAGGAUAUCAAAGAAAUGAAGGAACGUAAGAAAGCAGAGAAAGAGGGCAGGCAAAGGGUUUUUGACAUUCCACCACUGCGGUAUACUUUUCCACGACCAACAGAGGUUAUCACAUCAGAGGUUAAUCCAGUCGACGAAAUUGAAGCAAGUUUGGCUCAAUUGUUCGUUGGGACAACAUUUGAGGAUAUAUCUUUUGGAGAAGCCGAUGUUGACUGGGCGUCUGGCGAAAUGGCAGAUAAUUCUAUCAGAGUUCGACAUUGUGUUCACCUCGCAAAAGGCGGUCAAGGGACAAGCUAUAGCUGA